CCGUCGUCGUCAGGAGGAACGAUCGUCGUGCAGCAAAUCGCGCAGCGCUCUCCGCCGCAUCGAUCGAUCGAUCGAUCAGUCCCCGAGAGAGAGAGUCUUGAGUCGCCGCGCCUUUCUCGAGGAAGACGAUCUGAGCAGCAAGAGGCGGCGAUAGAGAGAGAGAGAGAGAGAGAGAGGAGUCGAGGCGUGGACGUGAAGUGGGGCUGGCAAGAGAGAAGGAAUGGCCCCCGCUGUGAACGGCGGAGAGAUGAAGCACAACGAGGGGGCGAAGGGUAAGGCGUUGAAGACUGUGCCUCCAAUCGCCCAUCCGACUCCGGACGAUGCGUUCGGAGUGGCGGCGAAUAUUCAGUACCACGCGCAAUACGGUCCCCAUUUUUCUCCCUUCAAGUUCGAGCCCGAGCAGGCCUUUUAUGCCACUGCCGAAAGCGUUCGCGAUUCCCUCAUUCAAAGAUGGAACGAUACGUAUGCUCAUUUUCACAAGACCGAUCCCAAGCAGACGUACUACAUUUCGAUGGAGUACUUGCAAGGAAGGGCCCUGACAAACGCGAUCGGCAACCUUAAUCUUACUGAUGCCUAUGGUUCAGCUCUAAUGAAAUUGGGUUACGACCUUGAAACCAUAGUUGAACAGGAACGGGACGCAGCUCUGGGAAAUGGUGGUCUCGGAAGACUAGCGUCAUGCUUUUUGGAUUCCAUGGCAACCCUCAGUCUGCCGGCAUGGGGUUAUGGACUAAGAUAUAAGUAUGGACUAUUCAGCCAGCGUAUCACCAAAAAAGGCCAGGAAGAAUAUGCAGAAGAUUGGCUUGAGAAAUUCAGCCCUUGGGAAAUUGUGAGGCACGACGUUGUACAUCCGGUGCGAUUCUUCGGAGAAGUUCAACCUCAGAAGGACGGAUCACGUAGGUGGGUAGGAGGGGAAGUUGUGCAAGCUUUGGCAUACGAUAUUCCGAUUCCUGGAUAUCAGACCAAGAACACGAUCAGCCUUCGAGUGUGGGAAGCGAAGGUUCCCCCACAGCAGUUUGAUCUUUAUGCCUUCAAUGCCGGAGAUUACGUGAAAGCUGGAGAUUUACAUGCCAAGGCAAACCAGAUUUGCGCCGUUCUAUACCCAGGUGAUGCUACUGAGGAGGGCAAGCUUCUGCGAUUGAAGCAGCAGUAUUUCUUGUGCAGUGCGUCUUUACAAGAUAUCAUGGCAAGAUUCAAGGAAAGGCGGCCAACAAAGGGACCCAUCAACUGGUCAGAAUUUCCGAGCAAGGUGGCAGUGCAGAUGAAUGAUACUCAUCCAACUCUUGCUGUCCCAGAACUUAUGAGGAUUCUCAUGGACGAAGAAGGUUUGGGAUGGGACGAAGCAUGGGCCGUGACCAACAAGACUGUGGCUUACACCAACCACACUGUCCUUCCCGAGGCUCUGGAGAAGUGGUCACAAACCGUCAUGGGCAAGUUGCUGCCCCGCCACAUGGAAAUCAUCACAGAAAUUGACAAGCAGUUCCAGGCUUUUGUUCGGAAAACUCGACCUGACAUGGAGAGCAAGAUUGAGUCGCUGCGUGUGCUGGACAACAACCCUCAAAAACCAGUUGUUCGUAUGGCUCAUUUGUGUGUUGUGUCUUCUCACGCAGUCAACGGUGUGGCACAGCUCCACAGUGAUAUCUUGAAGGAAGAUUUGUUCGCCGAUUUCUUCUCUCUGUGGCCUGAGAAGUUUCAAAACAAAACCAAUGGUGUGACUCCUCGAAGAUGGCUCCGCUUCUGUAGUCCUGAACUGAGCACGAUUAUCACCAAGUGGCUGCGCACUGACAAAUGGGUUACCAACCUUGAUCUCUUAACGGGGCUUAGAGAGUUUGCUGAUGACAAGCAACUCCACAAGGAGUGGGCUGAAGCAAAGUUGCAAAACAAGAUUCGAUUUGCACAGUAUUUGGAAGAGAAGACAGGAGUCAAAAUCAACCCGAAUUCUAUGUUCGAUACUCAAAUCAAGAGAAUUCACGAGUACAAGCGUCAGCUGCUGAACAUUCUGGGGGUUGUGUACCGUUAUAAGAAGAUGAAGGAAAUGAGUGCAGAAGAACGCAAAAAGGUUGUACCCAGGGUGGUGAUGCUGGGAGGAAAGGCUUUUGCAACAUAUGACCAAGCUAAGAGAAUCGUGAAAUUGGUGACCGAUGUGGGAGCUGUGGUGAACAAUGACCCCGAAAUCGGCGAUCUUUUAAAGGUUGUAUUCAUACCUAACUACAACGUCACGGUUGCGGAGUUAGCCAUCCCAGCUAGUGAGCUGUCACAGCACAUCAGUACAGCCGGGAUGGAAGCUAGUGGUACCAGUAAUAUGAAAUUUGCUCUCAACGGGUGCUUGAUCAUCGGUACCCUGGAUGGAGCGAAUGUAGAAAUCAGAGAAGAGAUUGGCGAAGAAAACUUUUUCCUUUUUGGUGCUAGAGCUGACGAUGUACCACGUCUGCGAAAGGAAAGGGAAGCAGGCCAGUUCAAACCAGAUGCCCGCUUCGAAGAAGCAAAGGCGUAUAUCCGGACCGGAGUUUUUGGAGAGUAUGACUACGAGCCACUCUUGGACUCACUGGAAGGAAACAGCGGGUACGGUCGUGGAGACUAUUUCCUUGUGGGAGUCGACUUCCCUUCGUACAUUGACUGUCAAAAAGAGGUCGACGAAGCUUACAAGGACCAAGAUAAAUGGGUGAAGAUGUCCAUUCUCAGCACUGCAGGCUCCGGGAAAUUUAGCAGUGAUAGGACUAUCGCACAGUAUGCUAAGGAUAUCUGGAAUAUCCAGGAGUGCCGAGUUCCCUAGGAAGUUAGGAUGUAGUCUGUUGGCACUGGCACAUCGGCCAGAAUGCUUGUACAGUAAGCAGUUUUGCAGGUUUUCAAACUCUCCUCUGUACGUUGCACACCUCAUCUUUUACCGCUGAGGAAUAAUAUAAGAGUUUGCCUAGAAUUGGAACAAUUCUAGGCUGUAGUUUGCAAGUUCAGUGUUUCCUGGAGCAAACGUGGUUUGAUUUGUGGAAAUCCUGCUCUUUUAGAGCACAAUGUGCCGGAAUCCUCGAAGUGCCGAAGACGAUUGGGGAGGAGGCAAAGUUGCAUCCAUGGCUGCUACCAGUAUAGGCUUUCUUGUGAAGAUAAUGGUACACAUGUGUGGACCACUUGUUGUCACGUUCAAGCUUAACAUCUUUGAUUCGCCAUAAGCUGCUAGAGCCGUCAACUAUAAGUCUGUGAGAGAGUGGGUGUCCGAAUCAUGCCCGUCGGUAUCCUAUCUAGAAUGUAAGUUAGAAUGGAAACAGGUGCGGGCGAUUUCUGCAUCACAACCCUCGGAGCAUGUUUUGACCAAAUUCUGUUGGUAGGACGGGUUACGUCUAGUGGGGCUACUGCGCACUGUCUAGCCCCCUUUCAGGUAGCCAGCAAAGUGAGGGUCCAUGAGAAUGAGACAAACUU